GAAAAGAACGAUGAUUAUUUGUUGAAUUUAAAUUAAUAGAAUAAAAAAUAAUUGGCAGAUUUAAUUAUGUCAGAGUCUUGUCUGUAUUGAGCAGACAAUGGUGAGAUGAAGCGAACUUUUCCAAUCUGUUUCCAGCAACACCCCAUGUUCUAGUUUCUUACUCAGAUAACCUUAUCACUCUUUUAUUUUUAAUUUAAUUGAUUUUCUCCUAACAUUUUCUGUCUUAGUCCUCCUGCUCACCCGAUUUGGUAUCUUUCUACCAAUCAUAAUCCCAUUGCAUUGCAGCCCAUUAAGUUUUUUUUCUUUUCUUUUCUUUUAAUUUUCAGCUCAACUUGGUUCAGAUCUGGAAGGUUACUUACUUUCAUUUUGAGUUGGGCAAGAAAACUUUCUUUUCAAGGAAAAAAAAUUCUGGCAGGUUUUUAUGCUUUGUUUGAGGGGUUCUCAAGGGGGAAAACUCAAAUACCCAGAUUGGAUCCAUUGAGAUGAAUGAAUUCCUUCCUGUCCUGUUAAAGGCUUGACGACAAAAAGGGAAAAAAGCUUAGUCACUUGUUUCUUUUAUUAGCAUUGGUUUGUUCAUGCUAUUUUCUUGAGAAAAUUAUAAAUUGAGAGAGAGAGAGAGAGAGAAAGGGGUUUAGUUUCUUGAGGAAGGGAGUGUGAUAAUGGGGAAGGUCCAAGGCAGGGAGUUGUUGCCUUUGCUCCUUGUUGUAUUAUGUGCAGUUUUUAGAAGUGGCGAAGCUCAGUCAAAGUCUUUUCUGAUAAAUUGUGGUACAAAUUCCAGUGUGAAUGUGGAGGGUAGAAAAUGGGUUGGUGACUUGGCUCCUGAUAACAAUCUCACCCUUAGUUCUCCUGGUGUUGUUUCCACUACUCCUGCAUUAAGUGGUGAUACAAUCUUUUCUCCACUCUACAGAUCUGCUCGGCUUUUCGGUGAUGAAUUGAACUACACGUUUUAUGGCAUCCAAGGGAACUAUUUCUUGAGGCUUCAUUUCUGUCCCUUCUCCUUCGAGGACCAUAAUGUAAAUGAAUCUUCUUUCGAUGUUGCGGCAAAUGGUCUGAAACUCUUAGCACAGGUUAAUGUUGUCGGUGAGAUUGCACACAAGAAUUUGUACCUCCAGAAUUCAGGGAGCAAUUCCAGCUCGUUCUCUUUGGUUAAAGAGUAUAUUUUACCCAUCAAUUCGAAUUCACUUGUGAUUGAGUUCACCCCGACAAAAGGAUCAUUUGGUUUCAUUAAUGCCAUAGAGAUGAUCCCUAUGACCGAUAAACUUUUCGCUGAUUCUGUCAGUAAAGUGGGUGGAAAUGAUGUGAAUCUGAAUCUAAGUGGAAGGGGAAUUGAAACUAUGUAUAGGUUGAAUGUUGGGGGUCCGGAGAUUAACCCCAACGAUGAUUCCGAUUAUUGGAGAGCAUGGGAUGUGGAUUCUGGAUAUAUGAUCACAGCAAAUGCAGGUUCUGAAAUAAAUAACAGUUCUAAUAUUACCUAUGCUUCUACAAAUGAUUCUUCAGUGGCUCCUCUUCUUGUGUAUGAAACAGCAAGAAGCAUGUCUAACACCCAAGUCUUGGAGAAAAGGUUCAAUAUGUCAUGGAGGUUUGAAGUGGAUCCCGAUUUUGAUUACUUAAUCCGCCUACACUUCUGUGAGCUGGUAUUUGAUAAGCCAAGCCUUAGGAUUUUCAGAAUCUACAUAAACAACCGGACUGCUGUGAAUAAUUAUGACCUUUUUGUGAAGGCAGGUGGAAUGAAUAAAGCUUAUCAUCAGGAUUACUUUGAUGCGGUUUCUUCAAAAAUCGACACCCUCUGGAUUCAGCUCGGUCCUGACACAGCAGCUGGUGCUUCAGGCACUGAUGCUCUCUUGAAUGGGCUGGAGAUUUUCAAGCUUAGCCGAAAUGGAAACCUUGCCCAUGUGCAGAGAUACGAUUCAACAAAAAGUUCAAGUCAUGCUUCAAGGUUCUGGGUUCUCUGGGUGGGAAUUGCUGCAGGUGUAGCUACUGUUGCCAUUCUUGCAGUUGCUGUUACGCGUGUAUGCUGUUUCUGCAAAAAUCGAGGAAAAGAAUCAGGUGACACGAAAAACAACAGUAAUGCUGGGUGGCGGCCAUUAUUCCUCAACGGUUCUAUUUUAAAUAGCUCUGCCAAUGCCAAGCGAUCAUCUAGACUUCAAAAUCUAAAUGGAUCUAUGGCCUCCACUGGAGUUGGUAGGCAAUUUACGCUUGCUGAGAUUCGGGCAGCAACAAAUAAUUUUGAUGAAAGUUUAGUGAUUGGUGUAGGGGGCUUUGGCAAAGUAUUUAAAGGGGAGAUUGGAGAUGGCACUCUUGCAGCCAUAAAGCGAGCAAAUCCACAAUCUGAGCAAGGGCUUGCUGAAUUUCAUACUGAGAUUGAGAUGCUUUCAAAGCUUAGACAUAGGCAUUUGGUCUCCAUGAUUGGAUUCUGUGAUGAACAAAAUGAGAUGAUCUUGGUCUAUGAAUACAUGGCAAAUGGAACUCUUAGGAGUCAUCUGUUUGGAAAUGAUGUCCCGCCAUUGACUUGGAAGCAGCGAUUAGAAGCAUGCAUUGGUGCUGCCCGGGGACUGCACUACCUUCAUACAGGAGCAGAGCGGGGAAUUAUUCACAGGGAUGUUAAAACAACCAACAUUUUGUUGGAUGAAAAUUUUGUGGCUAAAAUGUCAGAUUUUGGGCUGUCAAGAGCUGGUCCUUCUUUGGAGCAUACUCAUGUUAGUACUGCAGUGAAGGGGAGCUUCGGAUAUCUAGACCCUGAGUAUUUUCGCAGGCAACAGUUGACCGAGAAAUCUGACGUCUACUCUUUUGGUGUGGUGUUGUUCGAAGUUGUUUGUGCUCGUGCUGUUAUAAAUCCCAGCUUGCCAAAAGAGCAGAUAAAUCUUGCAGAGUGGGCAAUGAAAUGGCAGAGACAAAAGUCGCUUGAAACCAUUAUUGACCCACAUCUGAGGGGAAACUAUUCUGCAGAAUCAAUGGAGAAGUUUGGAGAGAUAGCAGAGAAAUGCCUUGCAGACGAGGGGAAGAACCGGCCUACAAUGGGGGAUGUUCUAUGGCACUUGGAGUAUGUGCUGCAACUUCAUAAAGCAUGGAUUGGGUCCAACACCACGGAUAAUUCCUUCUCAAGCAGUCAGGCCUUGAGGGAUUUGGAAGUGAAAGAAGCUGAAAAUAGGCAGUUUGAUGGAAACUCUGGUUUAGGGGCAUCGAACUCUCAUGGUGAGCUUGUCUAAUGACGGACAGUUGAAGAGCUGGUAAUUGUAUUCCUUUACAAUAUAAAACUACUAGUAGCUGAAAAUUCUUUUUAUUUUUGUUGUAUUAAGCUUGAAGAGUUUCCUGGUGUAAGUUCCUUCCCAAGUAUGCAGUAAAAUGAUAUAAAUCACGUUAAUGUUCAA